AUGCACCUCUCCCAGCUGCUGGCCUGCGCCCUGCUGCUCACGCUGCUCUCGCCCCGGGCCUCCGAAGCCAAGCCCGGGGCGCCACCGAAGGUCCCGCGAACUCCGCCCGGGGAGGAGCUGGCGGAGCCCCAGGCUGCGGGCGGCGGGCCGAAGAGGGGCGACAAGGCGCGGGGCGGCGGCGCCAACCUCAAGGGCGACCGGUCGCGGCUGCUCCGGGACCUGCGCGUGGACACCAAGUCGCGCGCGGCCUGGGCCCGCCUCCUGCACGAGCACCCCAGCGCGCGCAAGUACAAAGGCGGCAACAAGAAGGGUUUGUCCAAGGGCUGCUUCGGCCUCAAGCUGGACCGGAUCGGCUCCAUGAGCGGCCUGGGAUGCUAGUGCGGCGACCCCUGGCGGCGGAUUGGAACUUGCUGCGCUUCGCUGAGGUCAUCCUUGGUCAUCAGCCUCCGGCAUCUGGAAGCGCCUCCAGCGCUAUGUGGCUUUGACAUUUCUUUUUUUUUUUCCUGGUACUGGGAAUACACAACACCAGCUGUUUAUUAUUAUUUGGGGAGGGGGGGUAUGAUGUUAUUGUUUGUUGUUUUUUUUUUUGAAAAUGAAAAAUAAAAAGUUAUAUAUUAUAUAUAUAUUAUAUACAUGAAGCCCGCACCUACACGACGUGAUGACAAGGGACAGUUUUUAAGAGACUGACAAAACCAGCUGUAAGACGUUGCUGUUUGUAAAUUCAUGUCAUGCAUAAAUGUAUUUAUGUUGUAAAGCUAUUUAUAUUGUUUAUAAAGAGAUAUUUAUAAAAAUUUUAUUUAUGUAACUAAAUGAAAGAAGUCAACCAUUGUAAUG